AUGUCCGUACCAAGCAAAGCGUUAAGCCUCCCUUCCUUCCUCUUCUCGGUCUUCGUGUUUUACUGGAGCCUGCCUUUGUUUGCCAUCAUCUAUCGCAUCCGCUUCGCAAAUGUUGGCAAGCGCAACGACAUGCUCGACUGGGCCAAGGCGUUGGUCGCGUUCUUCCGAGUCACGGUCCUAAAGCAAGGGGAGAUGUCUCUCUACCGCGGGGGAAGGUGCCUCUACCUGUGCAACCACCGGAGCUGGGCGGACUUCUUCAUUGACACGUAUCUGACGGAGGGGCGGGCGGCUCUCAUGAGCAGGUGGAUGGUGUUCUUCGCCUUCCCCGUGUUCUGCACCUCAGUCCUCAUAUUGCGAGGUAUCGUGCUAUUCAAACGAGGUCAUAUAGCGGACAAGGAGACUGCCUCCCUCCAACCGAUCGAGGAGGCCUUCAACGUCUGGCUGGAUGCCACUCUGAGAAAGAGUACGGUCCCUGGUUUACUGGUGUACCCGGAAGGCCACCGCAGUCUGAAGCCCCGCAGUCUGCCCCUGAAGCGCGGCAUGCUCCACUUCGCCUUCAGCCGGCAUCUGGCAGUGCAGCUGAUCAUCACCCGCGGCAAGGAGGAGGUCAUCAAGCCGACAGACUUCGACAGCUUCGACGCCUUUUUUCAAGAGGUACAAACAACCUGGGAUGCCUGCUGGCAGCUGUCGUACCACCAGCCGACUGAGGGUGUUCCGCGGCUCAGCCUCAAGGACGCGCAUGAGUACGACUACCCGCCAAGCAUGUGGUGGUUGCAGCUGGGAGUGACACUGCUCAGCAUCGUCCUUCUGGCUGCCGUACUGUACGGCAGCUGGCUGGUCCUCCGCGCAGGGAUACUGAGCUUGGGGUCGUCUGGGACACAACAGACACAUAGGUACGUUAGUGAUGUUCCAGAUUUAGACCAGCUGACAGCACUGCAGGAGUUUAUGGGCUUGCCGGGUGACGUGGACCUUCAGGACUAUGCAGACGUGCCUGAACGUAGGAUGACGCUAGUGCUUGAUCUAGUUGUGGGAAGAACCGAGGAAAGUGCCAAAGGGUGCUGCCAAAAGAAGCGAGCAGUGUUUGAGAUUUCCCGUUACCGUGACUAUGCUGCUCUGUGUACUGAGGGAUCUCAGGUCAUGCACGCACUAGAUGGGGUGAUCACGGACCUAUCGAAUGGGACCUGCGACAGCACGGAGUCGGUGGAGCGCAUUAGUGCCCUCCCUGCGGAAGGAGUUGGGGAGACGGGUGUUGAAGGUGCACGUCGGCUCCUUAACUAUAUCUCCUUUUUUGGGACUCCUUUGGGAGAGGGUGCUUGGCAAGCAUGUCGGACUGUCAUGGACAGGAGGGCACGGGCAGCUAGCAUCCUGGAUGAGCCUUUCACCUUGGAGGAGGUAGCGCGUGCUGUCGGUGGGUUACCAAACGGAAAGGCUCAUGGGCUCGAGGUCGCACCAUCGGAAUGUUACCGUUAUGCACGCCUCCCACGGGUGGAUGAGCAGGGCAGGCAGGGAACGGAGGUGAACUGUAUCGUCCCAGUGCUGCACGUUUUGUUAGCGCACAUCAGGACAACUGGCGACUUUCCACAGCAGUUUACCAAAACGGUGGUAUCCCCAAUUUUGAAGAAGGGUGACCCGUUGGUGGCAGGAAACUAUUGGGGCAUUGCAGUUGGAGGAGCAUUUGCAAAGUGCUAUGCGUCAGUGAUUCUUAACCGUCUGGUACGUGCUGGGGAAACACUGGACCUACGGCACCCAUGCCAAGCGGGUUUCAGGCUGGGUUUCGGCACCGCUCAUCACCUCUUUGUCAAGCAACACCUGGUCAGGCGGCGUCGGAGCGGCGGCUGCCCCGCGCUCCGAUGCCGGCGGCUGCCCCGCCGAUGA